AUGCAUCGUAUCAUCCUUCAUUGCAACGUCACUCCUCUUAACUAUCCUGCCCCCUCCUCCUUUCUCCUCCUUUCUCCGCCUGUGCCCUCGUACCCUCCCCCUCCCCCCCCUCCUCUUCUUCUUCCCUUACGCUCGCUCUCCCUUUUUUCCCCCCUCGCUCUCCCCCUGUUCUUCUCUUUUCCCCUUCUCCAACUUCCCUCCCAUUUCCCCCCGUCCCCCAUUUCCCUCCCCUUUCCCCCCUUCCCCCACCUCCUUCCCCCUCCCCCUCUUCCUCCCCUUUCCUUCCCUUUCCCAGUGGCGAUACCAUCGGACGAGACGGUGGUGGUGCGCAAGGGGCAGGGGCCGCGGGAGGCGUCAGAGAUAACGGUGAAUUGCCCGGACAAGGUGGGGCUGGGCUGCGACCUCACGCGUAUCAUGUUCGAGUUCGGGCUCAACGUCGUCAAGGGUGCUGGUGGGGGGCCCGGGCGGGUGAAUAAGGCAGCUGUGCGGGUGUUCCUGCUGCAGGUGCAGGCAUCGGACAGAUGCGGGCUGUUGAAUGACAUGACACAGCUGCUGUGGGAGUUGGAGCUCACCAUCCACCGCGUGAAUGUCUCCACCAGCCCCGACGGCCAGGCCAUUGACUUCUUCUUCAUCACUGACAACCGCAAGGAGCUGCCCGCAAAGCACCGGUCAGACCAGAUCAUAGACCGAGUGAGGGACGCGCUCUCCCUCUCAGGCCACAGCAGUGGCGGCGCUAAGGGCCUGCUCGGCUCUUGCAGUACCUCUGGUGCCACAGGCGCAGCAGCAGGGGCAGCAGGAGCAGGUACAGCAGGGUAUGGCGGGGAUAGGCUGACAGGGGCAGCAGCAGGAGGUGCGGGAGGGAAGGGUGGGAGGAAUGGUGGUAGCAGCGGGAGCGCUGCUGGCGCUGCUGGUGCUGCUGGUGUGAGUAGUGGCAGGGACGGUGGCAGGGAUAGCAGCAGGGAGGGCGACGGUGAGACAGUGGUUUGUUCCAUAUCACCCACUACAGGCCCUGACGCAGCAGACAUAGCGGAUCUGAGCCUGGGCGUGUCUGAGUGUGUGCCGUACGCUGUGGAGAAAUUCCUUCUCGCUGAGUUCAGCACGCCGCCUAACAGCCCCCCUGGGACCUCGAUAUCCAGUGCUGCAGGUCUGGGCCCCUCCCAGCCCCCUCCGUCCGUGGCACGGGUCACUGUGGACAAUGGCAUGUCGCCUGCACACUCCAUGCUGCAGAUCCAGCUGAAGGAUCGCAAGGGCCUCGUAUAUGAUUGCUUGCGCACACUCCGUGACCUCAACAUGCAGGUGUCGUAUGGGCGCAUAGCCACAACGGACGAUGGCAUGUGCCUGUUGGACAUGUUUGUGGUGGACAGCAGUGGCAGGAAGGUGGAGGGGGCAGCAGAGCAGGCUCGGAUCUGUGCUCGGCUCACAGCAGAGCUUGAACGGCCUCUGCGCAUUGUGGUGGUGACUAGAGGAGGGAAGGGGAGUGUGGUGGGGUCUGUGGAAGGAGGGGUGGUGAAGGAGCGAGGGAGCGGUGAUGCUGCGGAGGCAGAGCUUCUGGUGGCAACGCCGGUGGAGUGCUGUGGGCGGGGCAGGCCGCGUGUGCUGUUUGACAUGACUCUCGCUCUCAGGCAGAUCAACGUGCAGGUCUUCAAGGCGGACAUAGCACGGCAUGAGAUGGGCGGGCGCACAUGGGAGGUGUACCGGCUGAUUCUGCAGGACAGGGGCGGGCAGCCCAUCUCCAAGCUCAAGACCCGCCUCUACAUCGCGGACCAAGUCAGGAACGUGCUCAUGGGGUGA